GUAAAGUUGCAGACAGGAAGUCGUACACCGCUCGCGUUUUCGUCUCUUCGUCUUCGUGUGCUCGAGACGAAAACGCUUUGCCAUCUCGAUCCCUCUCUUCCCCUCUCCCUCCCUCGAAACCUGAAAAUCGGAGCCCCGAAUCCGAUUUCGCCGUCGAUCUCCGCCAUGGAUUUGUCCGAACUGUGGGCGAUCUUCUUUGGCUUCGCCGGCGCCGUGUUCGGCGCCGGCUGGUGGUUCUGGGUCGACGCCGUCGUGUGCAGCUCCGUCACCGUCUCCUUCGUCCACUACCUCCCCGGUAUCUUCGCUUCUUUGGCGGCGCUGAUGUUCAAUUGCGUGAGGAGGGAGGACAUCGAUUACUCUCCUUACGACGACGGCGAGUGGAGGUUGAAGCUUUGGCUUUUCUUUGCCUAUGUUGUUUCCUUUGUCUCUCUGGCAGCAUCUGUGGGCCUAUUAAUUCAAGAUUCACUCGUGACCACUGGACCUUCAGUUUGGACUGGAGUUGCUGGUGUCUUGCAAUGUGUGUUUGUGUUGAUCAGUGGACUAAUUUAUUGGACGGCGCACUCGGAGUGAGGCUGUGAUCUGCGACGAUGUACUUUGUAAACAUAUCAAGAUGGAGGACUCUGUAGAGCGACUAAAUUGUGAUGAUCAUUUGGAUGCACGGAGCAAGCUUCGUCAUUGCAGAGAAGAUGACUAUGUAUAUCUGAAUUCUAUUGUUCUCUGAGUAAGGAAAGGAGGGGCUGUUUUAACUCAAAGCCAUAGCUUUUGUGGGGAAACCCGUUCGACUCGGUCUAUUUGCGGUGUGAGUGUUCAAAUGAGUUUGAUAGUGUAAACGAACCUUUUCCACUC